CCAGGAGCUCCGCGUUGUUGGAGGUAUUUCCGCUGCGGGAGGUUAAGAUCGCGGCCUUCCUUUCUCUCCGGGAGGACUCAGCACUUCCCGAGAAGUAGAAGGAGGACAAAAUGACCAAGUUCAAGGAGGCAGUGACGUUCAAGGACGUGGCCGUGGUCUUCACGGAGGAGGAGCUGGGGCUGCUGGACCCUGCCCAGAGGAAGCUGUAUGGAGACGUGAUGCUGGAGAACUUCUGGAACCUGCUCUCUGUGGGGCAGCAGCCCUUCACGCCAGAUGUAACACCCCAGUUCGAGAGGGUAGGAAAGCUUUGGAUGCUAAAGGCAGCAACCCAGAGCCACAGCUCCUCAGGAGACAAGAAUCUAAAUGACACGGAGACUCUUCAGGAAAUUGGAUUAAAGUACCUGCCACAGGAAGAGCUUUUCUGCUCACAAAUCUGGCAACAGGUUACAAAGGAGUUAACCCAGUGCCAAGAUGCCAUGGUCAGUAUUCGAAGAGCUGGCUCUCAGCUGGAAAAACAGGGUGAUGCGCUCUAUAAAGAUGGGGAAUUUGGUAGAAGCUUUGAUCAGAGUUUGUGUCUUCAGAUUCAUCACAGAGACCACACGGGAGGAAACCCCUACAAGGGGGAGGAGCGUGAGAAAGGUUGCAUUGAGCGCUCUCAGCUUCAGACUCACCAGACGGCCCAUGUGGGAGAGAAGCCCUAUAAAUGUGAGCAAUGUGAAAACGCCUUCCGUCGACUUUCAAGCCUUCAAGCCCAUCAGAGAGUCCAUGGCAGGGAGAAAUCGUACAAGUACAAUAUGUCAUGUCAGGGCCUCAGACAGAAGUCACAUCUCCGCCCUCCGCAGAGAGUCCCCACUGGCGAGAAUCCACACAAAUACGAGGAGUGUGGGAGGAGCAUCCGGAGAAGCUCACAUUGUCAAGCUCCUCUGAUAGUCCACACGUUAGAGAAGCCUUAUAAAUGUGAGGAGUGCGGGCUGAGCUUCAGUCAGGGCUCAUAUCUUCAAGUCCACCAGAGAGUCCACGUGGGAAAGAAACCCUAUAGAUGUGAAGAGUGCGGGAAGGGCUUCAGCUGGCGUUCACGACUACAGGCCCACCAGCGAAUCCACACAGGAGAGAAACCAUACAAAUGCGAGGCCUGUGGCAAGGGCUUUAGUUACAGUUCACACCUUAACAUCCAUUGUCGAAUCCACACAGGAGAGAAACCCUAUAAGUGUGAAGAGUGCGGGAAAGGCUUCAGUGUAGGCUCACACCUUCAGGCCCAUCAGGUAAGCCACACCGGAGAGAAACCUUACAAAUGCGACGAGUGUGGGAAGGGCUUCUGUCGGGCCUCAAAUCUUCUGGACCAUCAGCGAGGCCACACUGGUGAGAAACCGUAUCAGUGUGAUGCCUGUGGAAAGGGCUUCAGUCGUAGCUCGGAUUUUAACAUUCACUUUAGGGUCCAUACGGGAGAGAAACCCUAUAAAUGUGAGGAGUGUGGGAAAGGCUUCAGCCAGGCCUCAAAUCUUCUGGCCCAUCAAAGAGGCCACACUGGAGAAAAGCCAUACAAGUGUGGUACCUGCGGGAAGGGCUUCAGCCGGAGCUCAGAUCUUAACGUUCACUGUAGAAUCCACACCGGAGAGAAACCCUAUAAAUGUGAGAAGUGUGGUAAGGCCUUCAGUCAGUUCUCCAGUCUUCAAGUGCACCAGAGAGUCCACACCGGAGAGAAACCGUACCAGUGUGCGGAGUGUGGGAAGGGCUUCAGCGUGGGUUCACAGCUCCAGGCCCAUCAGAGGUGCCACACUGGGGAGAAACCGUACCAGUGUGAGGAGUGUGGGAAAGGAUUCUGCCGGGCCUCAAAUUUUCUGGCUCACCGUGGGGUCCACACAGGAGAGAAACCGUACCGGUGUGAUGUGUGUGGUAAGCGCUUCAGACAGAGGUCCUAUCUUCAGGCCCACCAGAGGGUCCACACUGGAGAGAAACCGUACAAAUGUGAGGAGUGUGGGAAGGUCUUCAGCUGGAGCUCAUACCUCCAAGCCCACCAGAGGGUCCACACUGGAGAAAAACCGUACAAAUGUGAGGAGUGUGGGAAGGGGUUCAGUUGGAGCUCAAGUCUUAUAAUUCAUCAGCGAGUGCAUGCGGACGAUGAGGGUGAUAAAGACUUUCCCGCCUCGGAGAAUUCACACAGGAAAGAAACUCCAUAAAAGUGAUCUGUUUUAAUACCUCAAAUGGGUGCUGAAAUAAUCCAGUAAUACCUGUUCUAAGAGACAAAACAUUUGUUUAUAAGAGAGUCAGUAUUUCAGCCAGAGCUCGACAGAUCCCAAUGGUUGGGUAGAGCUUGACCACAUAGAGAAGGCUCAUGGGAAUGGAGACUUAAGGACUUCAUUCAGAACGUUGGCUCGUAGCAGAUUCAACACGGAAGAGAGGCUUGGGAAGGAUGAGUCUGAUCGGAAGUUAACUGCGUGCCGAGAUAGAAGUGUCAGACCCUCUUCCACCAGAAUAUAAGCUCCAGGAGUGUAGAGAUGUGUCGACUGCCAAAUCUAUUCAGCCUUUAGGUGCCUCACAGGUUGUAGGUGUUAAAUGAGUGAAGGGAGAAGAGUCAUCUUUUGAAAUAUUUUAUUCUGUUUGUCUCUAAACAUUUCUAUGAAAUGUUCUUAGAAGAGGAAAGCUGCAAGGCUUGGAGGACAUGUAAAUUAGACACGUGGGCUCAUUUCCCCCGACCAGGCAGGUCCUGUGAACCAAUGUUUCUCAACCUACCGGAAAGUCCAAAAAUCAACUCAGUGGGUUGUAACCAGCACUUCGGUGUGCGGAUACUUUAUUGAGGUAUAAUUUGCAUGCAGUAACAUGCAUAAAUCUCAAGUUUACAGCUUCAUGAGGUUUUGCAAAUGUAUAACACUUGUGUAAUCCUCACCCAAAUCGAUGUAUGCAGUAUUUCUAUUAAACCAGACUAUUUCCUUG